AUGGUGAAGGCGCACAUUGAUGCUCGUCAUCUGGACAACAGUCCGGCAGAGGCUGCGCCCUUGAAGUUCUUCAACAUGCGGGCCUGCGAGAGGUUCGUUUUCAAGAGGCGGGAUAAGCGUUGCCUCACGUUGCCACCGCGUUCGAGCAUCGUUCCUGCGCUGAUUCACUUCUCGGACCUGUACCCUGACGUGAUCCACUGUAUGCUUGAGAAGUGCAAGGAGGUGAUAGUAGAUUGUGAGAAGGUCUUCCUGUUGAAGCCGCGACAAGAGCACGAGCUGUUCGAUACGAUCGUUUGGGAGGGGCAGGGGCGGGACCUGCCGGAUGAUUGCUGGAGGCGUCAAGGGGCUCUGCUUCGAUGUCUGGACAUGAUCGUCUACAAAGUGCAUGCACACGACCGGAGACGGGAGCUACUCAAAGUUGAGCUCGAGCUCUGGAAUGUCAUCGAGCCCUGUCUCAAGAGAAUCUCAACCUUUGCAGACAAAUUGACUGAGCACAGUUGUGCGCUGGAGAACCUGCGGACGGUGGAGGAGGGGAUGAAUUUGCUGGCUUCCGACCGCCCAUGGAAUGUUCAUAUCAAGGCGAAUCAUACUGACAAGAGCCCGACGGUUGGAGAUCGAGAGCAUUACCUUCACUUCAACCCCAAGGCAGGAAUAUUCGUGCGCAAGUACGUUGAAGAUCAGGGUGACGGGCAUCGGCACGUUACCCCCCUCGUCACGUUGCCCUUCCGAUUGCAGAGCAUUCUGCCGCAGCAUCCUCAGCCCAAGAUGAUUGUUUCUUACCUUGCGACGGUUACAGAUCGCUUUGUCUCGGAGGAUCUCCGUUAUAUCGUGAAGCUGCUCGACGAUUCAAGCAGCUGUUGGCCGAAAGCCAGGAGCUCGAGGAGCAUCAAGUCAAUCUCCACCAAGUCCAAGAGGCGACUGCCAAAACCUGGUCAUGAGACGUGCUCGCGCAAGAAAGCCAAGGAGUGCAGUAAUGAAAGUGAUGACAAGCAGGUGGCUGCCAAGUGA